CCAGUUUUGCCUGGAUCACAAACCAAGUAGACCAAAUCCACUGCUCUUUCAAAGAAUCCCAUAAAAAGGUUAACUCAGUCUGGUCCACGCUCGUCGCGUCCGUUAUAAGCUGGAAGUGCGCACUGCGCAUGGCAUCUUCGCCUCUUCAACUUUCCACUCCACUUCGCACACUCUUCUCACCGCCGUCUCUUGGCAGAUUACCUCGCAUUCCUUUCCACGCCUCGUAUUCUCCGCAGCGCGUGACGCCUAAGACGCUCGUUUUCUCGACUGAUAGAGGUGUUUCGGGUCCCGGGAGAUUUUGUUGGAGAGCCAAGGCGUCCAUGGCGGGGACCACGACGGAGAAAGGGAAAGGAAAGGUGGAGGUUUUCGUUUCUGAGGAGGAUCUGUCGGUGUCGCUUGCUAAAUACACCGCCGAUCUAGCUGAUAAGCUCUCCAAAGAGAAACGCACUUUUACUGUCGUUUUAUCUGGUGGUUCUCUCAUCAAGUCUCUCAGGAAACUGGUAGAACCCCCAUAUAUUGAUUCGGUGGAUUGGUCAGCCUGGCGUUUCUGGGUAGAUGAGAGGUGUUGUCCUAAGGAUCAUGAUGACAGUAACUAUAAGCUAGCGUUUGAUGGGUUUCUCUCAAAGGUACCAAUUCUCCCUGGUAAUGUCUAUUCCAAAGAUGCACUGUCUGCUGAAGGUGCAGGAGACUAUGAGACCUCCAAGCAUUUGGUUAACAGUGGGUGAUUAGUUGUCUCAGCAGCUACGGGGUUUCCAAAAUUUGAUCUCAUGCUUCUGGGAAUGGGACCAGAUGGACAUGUGGCUUCUCUCUUUCCUGGCCACCGUCUGGUCAGGGAGAAUGAAAAGUGGGUUACCUUCAUUAAGGACUCACCAAAACCGCCUCCAGAGAGAAUUACCUUUACUUUCCCUGUUAUCAAUUCAUCUGCUCACAUUGCACUUGUGGUGUGUGGUGCUGGUAAAGCAGGUCCAGUGCAUACUGCAUUGGGAAAUGGUCAAACUUCUGAGCCGCUGCCUGUUCAGACGGUUUCUCCAGAAGGGGAGUUGGUCUGGUUUCUGGACAAAGAUGCAGCCUCCAAGCUAUAAGUUGUGUGCCUAUAGACUAUAGUUUAUCCGAGUUGCUUCUCAUUGCAUACUUGAGUAUGUUAAAUUGGACCAUUGUGGUCUGAUCAGUGGAUGUUCUACUGGAGUUUGUAACCUUGAUGAUAGUUACGGACUGGCAAGCCUUUUCUUUCUCGUGAGGAGAACAUUCGAUCUUAAUAAAAUGUAGGUCUUUAUAUGUCCCAUCCUUGUAUCAACUGCGACAGAGUGAUGAAAGUAAUCAUACUGUGAUAAUUAUUUAGAGUUCA